AUGCCGUCGCAGGAUGACGCCGAGUCGGUAAAUAAAGACGAUUUUCCGCCUCCGGUUCCACCGCGAGUGCCUCCUCCGCGUGACCCGCCGGCAGCACCUGAACGCCGGCUAAAGUGUGUGCUGGUCGGCGAUGGAGCGGUGGGUAAAACCAGUCUGAUUAUCAGCUACACCACCAACGGAUAUCCGGCAGAACACAUUCCCACUGCCUUUGACAACUUCACAGCCAGGGUAGUGGUGGAUGGGAGACCAGUUCAACUGCAGCUGUGUGACAUGGCAGGACAGGAUGACUUUGACCGACUCCGCCCACUCUGUUACCGGGAUGCUGAUGUGUUCCUGCUCUGCUACAGUGUGGUCCUCCCAUCCUCCUUCAAAAGUGUGACGGACCGCUGGGCUCCUGAAAUUAAUCGAAUCUGUCCUGGUGUUCCUAUCAUCCUCGUGGGCACUCAGUGUGAUUUACUUGAAGACGUUCAGGUGCUUAUACGACUCGCAGAAGGCCAGGAGAAACCGGUGAGCCAAGAAGAUGCCCGAUUGUGUGCCCGUAGCAUCGGUGCUGUGACAUCUGCUGAAUGUUCAGCUCUGACACAGAAGAACCUGAAGGAAGUGUUUGACGCCGCCAUCUUAGCUAGCAUGAAGCAUGCGGAGGAGUCGAUGUGGCCGAGGAUCCAGACGCUGAGAGAAAAAACCCCGGAUAAAAUCAGACAGCUUUCUGAAACCUGGUGGAAGAAACUGAGCUGCGUCCAGAGCUUUGAUUUUCAGUGACGGAGGAUCCACUGGUGGGUUUGAGUUGCCUUUUUUGUUAAAUCAGAAGCUCACAAUGUAAACGAAUGUUCUUAAAGGUACAGUUUACACUCAAAAAUGUACAAAAUCUGGCAUUGUUUACUUUUUUCCACUUGUUUUAAGCCUAAAUGAGUAUCUAUCUUCUGUUGAACACAAAAGAAGAUGGUUUAAAGAAUG